AUGAAUGAAAUAAUACUCGAAACAAAUAAUAAUAAUAAUAAUAAUAAUAAUAUGCCCUAUUUUCGUCACCCCGAUGAAUCGCUAAUGACAGAAAAUUCUAAUGUAGUACAAUGCACGGAAUUCGUAGUUUCUCCAGUAUUAAAGCCCAAUUGCUACUCGCCCACUGCUAGAGAUGACGAACAAGAUAUUCUCCCUGACCCAAGUUUUUGCCGCUACAAAAACUCCAAAACUGGGGGUCAAGGUGAAAUUGGCAACGUAAAGUCCCUCGUAACAUCCUUUAGAAAUCACGAUCAGUCAAAUCGCUCCGACAAAUUAAACGCGAGCUACCCUAAUAAUAGGGUCGAUGAUGACGCGGACGAUAAAAUACGCCUCAAGACGAACAAAGAACGGGCGUCUAACUGCAAAAAGAGAUCUCACCUUUUUUCCAUCAACGGAAUACUGGGUAACAACAACACGACUUCUAGUAGCGGUAACGAUCAAUGCGGUCGAAAGUAUUAUCAAGGAGCCGAUCUCAGAUCCAAGUCUCAAGAAUUGGAAAAGGAAUCGACCGACAAACCGUCUCCCCCGCUUUCCUUGACGGACGAGACGAGGAAACGGAAGUCACUCGAUAACAAACACCAUUAUUCCGGCUCCCGGGGCUUGUGUGAUACACAAGAAGGAUCGUUAAACUUAAAGACCUCAAACACCGAAAAGGUCAUUUUUCCCAAAGUAUUCACCAAAAAUGGUCUUAAUAAAAAUAAUCACCUAGCGACAAAUUUUAACGACAAAUUUCUCCCAUAUCCGAAUGACGUCGUGAGCGGAGGAGGCUACGAUUCCGCUCAGCCGGAAAUGGAUCCCCAAAAUAUUUCCCAACUUUGCGAUAUGUAUUUCAUGAAUUAUUACAAUUAUUAUUACCAACAAAACCCUCAAUCACUUUACCCACCGCAUGUUAUGCUGCCCGGAAUCGAUCAGAGAAAAAUGGCGCCAAGUCUAAAUAAAAAUGUCUCCAAAGAUGGUGUCGGCGAUCUUCUUGGAGCGCAUCUCAUCGACAGAGAAACGAUUUCAAAGUAUGGCGAAAGGUUCGAAAUUAAUGACAAAAAAUUGACAUUGAACCACAAGAACGGCAAAAAACGCAGGCAAGCAGCUGAUCACCCUCCCACGCCUCUUAGCAGGGAUAAAACUUUCCAAGGAUACGAUUCUAACAAAGAUCUCGCGAUGAAAAUAAUUGACGAUUCCCCUACGAACCUUCUAGAGAACGAAAAUCUUUCCGAAAAUAAUCAUUUUCGCCAAAAUAUAUCUACGGAACACAUCGAGAGUCAACCUGAAGACGACUCGAAUGACCCUAACAGCAAAGAAUUUAUCUCUGAAGGUUCGGAACACGAAAAUGAUUUGAUCGAUUCUAGGUAUCGCAAGGGAUUUAACUGGGAUGUCGCGUCAAAAUAUUAUACCAAAAGUAAAGAUUUGUACGAAAAUGAUAUGGACUCGAGUCACGAAGAGGAUGAAGACGAUACAGAUUCCCAUUCCUGUCAAACGAGUAAAAAGCCCAGGAAAGCUAGGACAGCUUUCAGCGACCACCAACUGAAUAGCCUGGAAAAAUCUUUCGAAAAACAGAAAUAUUUGAGUGUUCAAGAUAGAAUGGAAUUGGCUGGAAGACUGAACCUUUCGGACACUCAAGUCAAGACCUGGUACCAGAAUAGGAGGACUAAAUGGAAGAGGCAAACAGCCGUAGGACUUGAACUAUUAGCGGAAGCCGGAAAUUACAAUGCCGUGACGCGUUUAUUGGCCCAAAAUCCUUAUUGGUACGCGAAUUACGCCUCAGGCGCUCCUUUCCCUUUAGACAAAACCCACAACAUAGCCGAAUUACUCAAAAACCAGGACGAAUCGACAAAAUUUUUGGUACCUACCUGUGACGCCGGUAUCAUAGCUACCGCCAUCUCUCCGUCGCCAAAUAACGGUACGUCAAUCGCUUCGAAUAAAUUUUCCAAACCCAGUCGACGAGACAAAUCUACGAAUGACACGAAAGAGACUGAUAACCCUUACAAUCUAUUAUCUAGACCCUUGCCAUCAUUACCCAUGCCCCAUUCUGCUAUGGGGCGCUUCCCCAUCAUGCCCCACCAUCCCAUGUAUUAUUACAACGGUUACAAUCAGCAAGUGAACAACAAUAAAAGUAAAUCUAAUGAUUAUCACAGAAGGGAUUACGAGUCAAGGUACAGUAACACGAGUAGUCGUAGUGGCAGUAGUAAUCGUUGCAAUAGUAAUGAAGACAUUACAAAAGACGUCAUCGAUAAAAACGAUGAAGUCAGAGAGAAGGAUUCAAUUGGUCACAAAAAAGGAGGAAGACGCAAUGACGAAAAAUUUAACCGACCUAUCAUGUCGGAGAUUAAGAAUGAAAGGGAAGACAAUUUCUUAGACGAUAAAGUUAAAAUGGUACCCCGUGUUGGAUCGAACGAAAUUCGGGAUUAUAGUGGAAUUCCGCUUGAGGGUUCCCAUAGCGACUCCCCUGCCGCUCACCGCGAAGGAAGGAUUAAGGAGAAGAAAGAAUCAAAUUUUAAAGAUUAUCAAACCAAGGAGAGUAACCAAAAUUACAUUUCAAACCCGUUCCUAUCACCUGUUCGCGUUCAAUCCAACGCCCCACCCUGGAGUCAUCCUUUCACGUCCUUCCACAAGGCUAGCGAAAAGAUCAAUUGAUCAAUCAUCACCCUUUUUUUUUG